AUGGGGGAAGAAGAAGAGAAAAAAGAAUGUUGUAGUUGGAAGGGUGUGCAGUGUAGCAAUAGAACAGGACACAUUAUGGUUCUUGAUAUUCACACUCCGCAGCCUAUGUUCAAUGGUAAUGAAUACUUGAGAAGUAAUAUUGCUCCUUCAUUGCUUGAAUUGCAGCAUCUGAAGUAUCUGGACCUUAGUUACAAUGUUUUUGGUAGAAGUGGAAUACCAGAUUUCAUUGGACCUUUGCCAAACUUAAAAACAUUUUCAGCAUUGAGAGAGUUGCGUUUGAACAAUAACCAAUUCAAAGGUAUAUUAACCCUAAGUGUCGGACAACUUUCAAAGCUUGAGAGAUUGAGAGUCAAUUCAAAUUUCUUAGAAGGUUCAAUCACAGAAUCACAUCUGUCAAACCUUUCUACCUUAAAAGAGUUGGAUUUAUCAUAUAAUUCGUUCUCUUUUCAGUUGGAACCUAAUUGGAUUGCUCCUUUUGAGUAA